AUAUUUGUGUACUGUCAUAAAUUUUGUUUAAAAUACAUAAUUGUCUUGAAAAGUUCUAUAAAUCCUUAAAGGUCCGUUAAUCAUGAAUAUUGAUACUUAUAAUAUUGAUAUGGAAACUGGCGUGAUUACGUUAGUCAAUAAACAAGUAAUGACUGGUGAAGAAUGGAUCAAUACUCCAAACGGUCACAAAACUAUUAUAAUUGCUGAAAAUGAAAAUAUUCCGUUGUUAUGCUCUGAGGAUGAUGAUAUCAAUGAAGACGAUGAUAAGGUGGGAGUUUACAAAAUUUUUAAAAUGGAUGAUAUUAUUGAAUUCCAAAACGUAGAUAAUAUUCCAGAUAUCAAGAAUAAAUCAAAUAAAACUUACAAAAAGGCUACAUUAGUCAAUUCUGUUCAAAAAGUUGAAAUUAAAGAAACGAAAACCACAACUUCGGCAAUUAUUCUAAAGACUUUUGAGCAUAACGGUUCUCCAGAUAUACCAAAAACAUUUAAAUGUAAAUCCUGCCCAAUGGCAUUUUCUACUGAAUACGGAUUAAAUAUUCAUAUGAAAACGCAUAGUAAAAUUCUAGAAAAGGGCGUUUCAUACAAAUGCAGUGUUUGUCAUGUUAUUUUCUCAUGCAAAAGUGUUUUGACCCGACAUUUUCGCAUUCAUACCGGUGAUCGUCCACAUAAGUGUGAGAUAUGUGGAAAAUCUUUUGUACAACGUGAAGUUUUGACACGUCAUAUGUAUGUGCAUUCCGGUGAGCGAAAGCAUCAAUGCACACAAUGCGAUCGAUCGUUCAUACAAAAAAUUUGUUUAACUCAACAUAUUAAAAAAGUUCAUUCAGCAGUGCCUCAUAUCCAAUACUACAAUUGUCAUUUGUGUCCAAAACGUUUUAACUAUGCCUCCGGACUAAGUCGGCAUUUGGGCACUCAUUCCGGACUCAUUUUUCAAUGUACACAAUGUGAUCGUAAAUUCUCGGAUCAUUCUUCUGUUAAACGACACGUUCAAACUGUACAUGGAGAGCCGAAACCCUUGAAAGAAGAGACAGAAUCAAUAGAAGUGCAAAUUAAUUGCAAUGAUGAUAUCUUGGACUGAAAUUAAUAAUCGUUAAUAAUUAUAAAUAACUUAUAAAUAUGUAUAUUACGAAAUUAACACGUUUCUCUGAAAUCUGAAUUAUAAUUAUGUAAAUAAAAAUAAAAUAACACAGU